UACUGUCCUCGGUGGUUUAUUCUAAUUUGUCAACGGUUCUCCCCUCUGUUUUGUCGACAGUGGUUCAGUCUGUUGUUUCAGCACGGCGCGUUUGUUUCGCGGUUUAAUUUAGUGGUUUUCUCCGGCGCUAAGUUAAACUUUCUCUAUUAUGUCUGUGGCUUUCGCACCGCACCGGCAACGCGCCAAAGGCGACAUAACGCCCGCGGGAAUACAGAAGUUGCUGGAUGAAAAUAAUCAACUGAUUCAAUGCAUUAUGGACUUUCAGAGUAAAGGAAAAACAGCGGAAUGCUCACACUACCAACAGAUGCUGCACAGAAAUCUAGUGUAUCUAGCCACGAUAGCAGACUCCAAUCAGAACAUGCAGUCUCUUCUGCCCGCUCCGCCGACUCAGAACAUGCCCAUGAGUCAGAGCGGAGCCCCCCCGCAGCCACCUCACGGUCACAGUAUGCCCUCGGAUGGCCCGUCCGCCCCACACAUGCAGAACCAGAUGAAUGGGCAGAUACCGGGUCCCAACCAAAUGUCCAUGCAGGGACCCGGCUCCAACCAGUCACCCAGCAUACCCAGUGGCUCCAUGAACAUGCCACCUAGCAGCCAUGGCUCCAUGGGAGCGUAUAACCACGCUGCGCCCUCCUCACAGGGCAUGCCAUCACAGGGCCAGAUGAAUAUUAGCCAAGGCCAGUCCAUGGGCAGUUACGGCCCACGUCCCAACAUAAACAUGCAGCCCACUCCAGGGCCCAUGAUGCACCAGCAGGCGCCCUCCCAGCAGUACAACAUGCCUGCGGCUGGUGGAGGUGGGCAACAUUACCAGGGCCAGCAGAACCCCUUGACCAUGAUGGGUCAGGGCAAUCAUGUUAUUGGGCAGAGGCCCAUGCCGCCCUACAGACCCCCACAUCAAGGACCUCCACAGCAGUACUCGGGUCAGGAGGAAUACUACGCAGAGCAAUACAGCCAUGGAGGACAGGGGGCGCCAGAAGGAAACUCACAGUACGGGCAGCAGCAGGAGGCGUAUCAGCAGGGUCCCCCCCAGCAGCAGGGUUACCCUCCACAACAGCAGUACACUGGACAGCAGGGUUACCCCCCACAGCAGCAGGGUUACGGUCCGUCUCAGAGCACUCCAGGUCAGUACCCAAACUACCCCCAGGGUCAAGGGCAGCAGUAUGCGGCCUACAGACCACCACAGCCCGGACCACCGCAGGGACAGCCACAGCGUCCAUAUGCAUUUGACCAGAUCAAGUAGAGGAAAAAGUAUCGAAUCUUCAGCAAAAGUAAAUGCAAUUAGUACUUUGUUGCUCCUACUCUGGCUUUUAUGACUGAGGCAUGGACUUCACUAAUGAAAAACUAUAUUCCUCAUCAAUCUGGUUCCAACUUUCUCGAAUAGCAGUUGACAGAUCAGCUUUGCAGGAUGGAGCCUUAUCAUGGACAUGUUUUCUAAUUUCCACCAUACAUUUUCAAUCGGAUUGAGAUCCGGACUGUUUGCUGGCCAUGUCAUGGAGUUGAUUUGCCUUUCCUGAAGAAAAGCUUUAACACUCUUUGUGCUGUGUCAAGAUGCAUUGUCAUCCUGAAAAAUGACUUCAUCAUCACCAAAUUUCUCUUCCAUGGAUGGUAGGAGAAAAGUGUCCACAAUUUUAAUGUACACCUGUGCACUGAGUGUUGAGGUAAUGAUUGCCAUCUCCCAUGCAAGCCCAUAUCAUAAAUGAGUUGGUCAAUUGGUAUGUUUCUUCAGACAGUCAUCUUUAUAUGUUUCAUUAGAACGGCACCAUUCAGAAGUUCCAGCGUCAUCUCCUUGGCCAAUGAAGAUUGGCGAUUCAUCCAAUCAUUCUUCCUCCAUGAUUGCUUCUCCUUAGCCCACUGUAACCUUUUUUCCUGUGUUUUGGUCUCAGUGCUGGUUUUUGUUUGGCUUUUUAUAUUUAAAUCCCAUUUCAGUCAGCCGGAUUCUUACGGUUCUGUCACAGAACCGUAAGAUUGUUGUUGUGCAUUUUGGGUUUUCAAGGCAUAUCGCCUUGAGUUUUCCUGUGUGCCUGUAACUUUUCCUUUUAUAACCUUCUCAUUCCGUUUGUACUUGCACCGAAUUUUAGACACAGCUGAUUGAUUGAGAGCAACCAACUUCUAUGGCCACACUCUGUGUUGAAAUUCCUUGUUGAAUGAGUUUUAUAAUCCUUUCCACUGUUUCAACUGAGAGCUCUUUCUUUGGAGCCAUGUUUCCUUUCAAUUAGCCACGUCCAACAGCUCAUUAAGGUGUGUUAGCGCUCCCUUUUAACUGAUGAUUAAUAAGCAUUUUUAGACUUGUCCUAUUUUGUGUUAAAAACAAAAAGUAAAGCUGAUUCCAUAAUUUUUUCCUUAACAUUGAGUGUUCCCAUAAUUUUUUCCUCUACUUGAUCUGUGAAAACUUAUGCCAUUAAUAAAAAAAUGUGAGUGA